CGUUCCCUCGAAGAUGAGCAACGACACUGUGGGUUGCCAGCCGGAGCAGCAGAACAUCAGCCUAACCAUCUUCCUCUGCCUGGUCUACAUGGUAGGCCUCCUUCUUAAUGGCUUCAGCCUCUGGGUCUUCAUCUUCCGGAUGUCCAAAUGGAACGCUGGCACGGUUUUGCAGUUCAACUUGGCAAUAAGUGAUGCGCUCGCGUCUCCUGCCACGCCGUUAAUAGCGGCUUACUUUAUCAACGGGAACAACUGGACUUUCGGACCCUUUUUGUGCCAGAUGAAGAUAGCCUUGCUCAGCGCUCACUUCUACGGCAGCAUAUUGUUCCUCACCCUCAUCAGCAUCCAUCGCUAUGUUGUCGUGGUCCACUUCAAACGAUCGUCGGCCAUAAAACGGAAAGCCUUCGUGAAGAAGCUGUGCUAUGUGGUGUGGUGUUUUUUGAUGGUCGGAGCCGUGGUGUACGCAUAUGUACUGGGUGUUACCGACGAAGACGGACACACUCAAUGCCUUUCCAUACAUCAGAGCAAACUAGUCAAAAUGUACUUCGUUAUUAACUUUGUACUCUUUGUUGCUGGCUUUCUUCUACCUUUCACGGUGACUGUGGUUUGUUACGCUUGUCUGGCUCGAUCGGUAACCCAAAUAAGCGAUAAAUCAAUGCAAGGGCAUUUGAUCAAGAUGAAGUCACUACGGAUGAUAGGAUUAUGCCUGGUCAUCUUCGCAAUCUGUUUCUUCCCAAUGAACGUUACCCGGACUGUCGCGGUGAUACUUAAGAAGUUCUACCCUACGGAGUGUGCGCUUCUGUUACUAGUGGAAAAGGUGUACUAUUCAUCCUACGUCCUGGCAGGAAUCAACUGCUGCCUGGACCCGCUUAUUUAUUUCUUCGGCUCGCACGGUUUCAAUAAGGCAUUUCGGAACUCCGUGAAAAGAGCAAGAGGUCAACAGGAAAGGGACAACAGGACCGAAUCAGACACGACGAGCUGCAGUGUGAACAGAAAUGCUGUCUAUACGAUAUCUUAACAGGUACUGGUACAGCAGUCCUAGACUUUUCUUUUGUAUCCACUUUAGAACUGUAAGGUACGUUUGGUAGCGCUCGCAUUCUGCAGUCUUGUUUAGUCAUAUUUUCUGUCAAAUGUUUUCCGUGAAGUCGUCAAUUAAGGAACUUUAAGUGUGCAAUGAUAAAAAUACCCUUGGUCCACACUGUAAGAUGUUUUCUUUGUUAGAGGUUUUACUUUGCCAUGCUAUUGGCUUCCUUAUGUGUUUUUAUCAUAUAUUGCUUCUAACAAUAUUGUAGCAUGAUGUACUGUAUGUAAAAAUAUGAUCUAUGCUGUUUGUUACAGUAUGUUGUAAAAUUAUGUAUAUGUUUUUACCACUUUGGUUUUAAAAAAAAAACUAUUUGGUUUUAGAUGAUUGCUCGAAAAAUGUUGUAUUAAAUGUAUAUAUAAUAAAUGAUUAUUUCUGAACUCC